AUGUGGCAUGUUGGCCAGCAGCUUCAAAUCAGGUUAUACUUCGGGGAAGAUGGGUCACAUUAUGUCACAUCCAGGAAGAGUCGUUACUUGACGAUGUUGCCAGUGAAGAUUUUGGGCUUAGGGCAUGAAAAAUUAAAAGCAGAAUUUAAAGCAAAUUAUCCUGUUAGUGAAAUUCUAGGUGGACUGGAGAAGAAAGUAACCAGAGAGGGGGAAGCUAGUCAGGAAGCUGCUGAAGUUAUCCGAGAGCUUCAAAUUGUGGUGACUUUGUUGCCUAUAGAGGGCUGGGAAAUACAUUUCUUUGAGAUCCUAGAAUCUGAGUGUGUGCUCUACACAGGAUGGAUAGAACGAGCCUCUGGCAGUUCCAUUUAUCCAGAGGCAAAAGCAUGCCUGCCACUGGCACUCUUGGGUUCCAACAAAGAACCUGUGUCGCCUAAGGAAACAGUGCUUUCUCUUACAAGGUACAAUCUUGGCUCCUCUGCUAUGAAGUGGGAUGUUCCUGGACAUGUGCUUCAGAGACCUUCCUAUUUAACCAGGAUACAAGUUACAUUGUUAUGCAAUUCCUCUGCUGAGGCCCUGUAA